GGCGGCAGCGGCGGUGGCGCACGAAAUGCGCCCUCUGAUGCGGGGUGGGAAAGAGUAUUGAUUGGUCACCGUGGUCGCCGUCGUCGUAGCCGCCGUGCAAAAGGGUGGCGGAAUCGGUAGGCGCCAUCACGCGGGGCUACCGCCGCGACCGUGUCGUCGAGAAGGGCGUCCAGCCAGCGGCCGCGGUCUCGACUCGCCGAAAAGAUGGUCAUGAUGGCUGGCAUGGAGGACCACGAGCGCAAAGUCAUUAUGGAAUUCUGCCACCUGCUCGAGAAGAGCAAGCAGCUGUUCAACGGGUUACGCGACCUGCCGCAGUACGGCCACAAGCAGUGGCAGGGUUACUUCGGGCGGACCUUCGACGUUUACACGAAGCUCUGGAAGUUUCAGCAACAGCACAGAAUGAUACUGGACACGAAGUACGGCCUCAAGAGGUGGCAGAUCGGCGAGAUCGCGAGUAAAAUCGGCCAGCUCUACUACCACUACUACCUGCGCACCAGCGAGACGAAUUACCUGCACGAGGCCUACUCGUUCUACGCGGCGAUACGCGGCCGCGCCUACUACAGCCGCGCUGCCAAGGAGGACAGGAGCGACCUGAUGGUGAAGAAGCUCAGGUACUACGCCCGCUUCAUCGUCGUGUGCCUGUUGCUGAACCGCAUGAAGCUCGUGCGGGAGCUCGUGCAGGAGCUCGACACCCAGAUCGUCGACUACACCAGCACGUAUGAGCCGGACGAUCAGCUCGAGUGGAACCUCGUGCUGGACGAGAUCAAGGCCUUCGUGAAGGCCGAGUCCGCGGUCGGCGUGCUGCACUCCGACUCCAACCCCAUCGUGCUGACCCACAGGCUCGGUCCGCAGACCUCGCCGCCCGUCGAACGAUCGCCACCCAUGUGCCUAUCUCUCCAGGAGAUCCUGAUCGUCGGUAAUUGCACCGAUCAGGUGAAGUUCAGUGAGUUGUCGAUGGACAUGUUCAGGAUGCUGCAGACACUCGAGCGGGAGCCCAGGGACGACCCGAAUCACCUGCACGACGCCUCGCCGGCGGGUCGAAUGCCCUUCCGACCCGGACCGUAUCCCGGGCCGGAGAAUGGCGCGCCGAGACGCGACAAUCCGCACAAGUACCUGCUGUACAAGCCGACCUACAGCCAGGUGCAAGUGUUCCUCGCGAGUGGCUUCAAGGAGCUACCGGCCAACGGCGCGUUACUGCUGUACCUGUCGGCGGACGGCUGCUUCUCCACCGUCAAGCACCCCGAAGAAAUGGGGUACGACCUGGGCGGCGUGUCCACGUGCAGCAAGAGGGAGCCGGAGCACGGGAAGAGGCCGGCCGGCAGCAAGGAGCCGCACUGUCUCUACCCGGGCGACCUGUACCCCUUCACCAGGAAGCCUCUCUUCGUCGUCGUCGACUCGGACAACAGCUUCGUGUUCCAGGAGAUACCGCGCUACUUCGGCCAGCCUUUGAUGGUGCUCAUGUCGCCGCAGGACACGCCACCGACCCUGCGCGACCUGCGACACGGUGGUAGCCUGUUCACCCUCUUUCUUCACGCCCCCCUUGCCGCCUUUUGCCUUAUAUGCAACGUCGGGAGCCUCGCCGUGCAUCAUUGGGAGCGCUGCCAGCGUUACAUCGAGCGAUUCCUCAACGAGGCCAGUCAGCUCGUCACGCGUUCCCGAUGUGAGACCAGCGUGCUGCAGUUCUUCGGUGACGAUUUCCUGCGGCUGUUGCUGGUGCGCUACGUGUUCUGCUACGUGGUGCUGAACAUGCACCGUUCGUUCAGGGGCCGGCAGCAGAGACCGCGCAGUUACCCGCCUCUGCCGGAAUCGGAGGUCCUCGAGCACCCGGUCCUUCAUCAUCUGGUGCUCGACCUGGCCGUCUGUCUCGACGCCCGCGACCACUUCUCGGACAGCAACGAGCUCGCCUGACCCAGGCAUCUUCCCUGCCCGACCCCCGACACGACGUCCUUGUUGCCAUCUCACAACCACGAUUACGAUUACGAUUACUGUAAUUACAAUUGCAACAAUAAAAUCGUUACACUGAGACCUCAUUAAACCGCGUCUUCGCAGUAAUCGCGUACUCGAGAUCGCGCCCGCGUGCGCGUGUGCGGACGCGUCCGUGUACUCGCGGUCCCCCCUCCCCCGACCGGGUUCGACGCGAAGGGGGACUCGGAAGACACCGCGGGGGUGGUACGCGAACGCUAUCGACGCUACGGCACCGAAGCACCGAUAUCGCUCUACCGAUUUCGCAUACCACAACAUAUACAUAUAUACAUAAUAUAAAUAUAUAAAUAUAUAUAUAUAUAUAUAUAUAUAUAAAUAUAUGAUAUAUAUAUACAUAUACGACGGGACUCACCUCCGUCCGACAACGCGACACGAGAGUCCCUCUCUUAUAAUUCGAUCCGCGUACGAGCGAGUGUACCGCGCGCACCAACGCUUUCGGACUGAUAUGUAAGAUAUAAAGAUAAACUGCUUUCUCGGUUCUUCGAGUUACACACUUGAAAAAAGAAAAAAACUGAAAAAAAACAAGACAAAUGCGUUCGCUUGAACUUGUAACAUAGGAUAUAUGGAGUGGCAAUAUAAUUUUCAUACGAAUAACAAACACAUCCCCCUCGAAUAUAUUUGCAUUCUCCAUCUCGUGAUACGCACCGUAAAGAACGAACGGCUAAAACAAUCGACUCUCUCCGUUUCUGUGCUACUCUGCGUGAUUCAAGGUAGACGAUGCAUCAUCAUCAUCAUCGUCAUCGUCAUCAUCGUCAUCAUCGCCAUCAUCGCCAUCCACAUCAUCAGCACCAUCGUGGUCAUCCCACCGAUCAUCGUCGUCGCCCGCGUCGCUUGCGAUCGGCUCAAGAGCGUCACCCACGCGCGCGCUGCACCGCGUCUCCUCUUCUCCUCCGCUCGUUUAUUUAUAAGUAAAAAGUGGAGCGGCGGACCGUGAGCGGCGAGAAGCUGCGAGAAGCUUGACGCGUUGACCGCAUGGAUGACGACUCGCCGGUAUAGACGACGGCCGCGCGCGACCACGCGACCCGGUGGGAUUUAUAAUCGAAGGGAUUAACUGUGUGCUCACACUUGUACGAUACAUGCGAUCUCUCCCUCGCAAACGACGCUCGACUCGCGGAAACUUGAGCGGCCCGCACGUUGCGAGUCGAGCCUCGCGUGAACGUCGUUAUAGAACUUGUAGCGUUUUAACACACAGUGUAUUAUAUAUUUAUACAAGCUCUGUAUAUUCUAUAUAUUUUAUAAAAUAUUGCAAAGUAUAGAGCGUUUCAGACCUACCGUACACCACUUCUCAGUCGCGCGCAAUCGCUCGCCGAUUUUUUCGUAUCUCGCGCUCUGGCGUCCACUCUCGUCCGGUUUCUUCGUUCUGUACGCAUCUC